CUUAUUAGUCUUCUUGCUUUGCUCUCUCUCCUUUGAAAUGAGAAGACACAAUAAAUCGUCAAACGCGUUGUUUGCUUAACGAGGAGAGGUUGUCGGUUCCCACAGUAUUAAAUUAUAGGGAACUGCCAAACAAUUCUUAAUCAAACAAAAACGCUACCUUACCCUUACCUCGUCGUGUGUCCUUCUAGUAGUAAUGCUACAUCUCUUCUAUUCUCCCCUCUUCUCUUCUCCUCCUGCAUGCUUUCUUUGAUUGAACCGGUCUUAGUCCACGCCCGCCUCCACGCCACCCAACCCGUUUCAUAAUUUCAAUUUCCCCUCUCUCACUCAUUCCUUUCUCCCUUACCCAUCACUCCACCUAUUCUUUUAUUUUUUAUUUUUUAUUUUCUCAUCACACCAACAAACUAUCUAUGCAUACAACCCCGCAAACCAAACAAACCCAAUUCAAAUCCAACACUAGAAGAAACAGAUGAGCCAGUGGAUACACGUCGCGGUGGCCGCAGCCGCCGUCGGAUGCGUCUCCACCCUUACGUUGGUCUUUCUCUUCCGUUGGUGUCGCAAAAGAAAUGGCACGAAUUUCGUUGAACCGACUAGUUUGACCAGGGUGGAGAGUGUGCAGGGAGGGAUUUCAGUUUCCAGGAUCCAUCAGCAACCUUUUCAGCUGGAUCAGGGGAGCAAGAACGGCAACAAGGGUAAUUACAAUUACUAUGUUUUUCGCGGCGGUGGGGUGUCGGGGAAAAGAAGCGUCUUCAAUUGGGGUGAUCAUCCAUCCAUGGCUUCUGAUGCUGUUGAAAAUGGAUGGUCACGAUUUGCCUUCACGGGGUACAAGAGUUACACGCCGUCUCCUUCGAAAAGAUCGGCACUUUUGGGAGCGUGUGCCGCACCGGGAGGGAGUGAUUUUGGGAGAGAAUCAGAGGCUGAGAUAAGCUGGGAAGUGGCACGUGGAUCUGCUGAGUUUAUGCAGAAGGUCAGGUUGAAUCCUGGUAUAAAAAAGUUUCAUCAAGGCAACAACAAUAAUGGUUCUCUGGGCGUUGCUUCUAUCAUUAGAGGGGCUUUGCCUUUGCCUGGCCCUCCCCUGGGGAAUUGUGCGUUCCCACAAGAAGCAUAUUUUGAGAUUACCAUUUUGUAUUCACGUGGCGAUGAGUGUGAAUCUGUUGGAAAGAGUGGGGAAGGUGAGAAGACCAAGCUUUUGGUUCAAGGGAACUCCAAUGGCAAAGGGAAUUCCGAAGCUUUGGUUCAUGUUACCAGUGGGAAUGGAAGUAAUAAAAUCAACAAUGUUGAAGGAGAGAGUGGGAAAGGUGAAUCUGUGAUGUUCUCGUUGGGUUUAACAGCAGGGGGUUCUGUUCCUUUGAGAGUCCCCGGUAGCUAUCCCGGUAGCAUUGGCUUCAACUCCAACGGUUCUCUCUAUCUUGAUGGAAUGAAACUUGUACGUGAAUCGGAGAAGGCAGAGUGGGUGGGAACUGAUAAAGUGAUCGGUUGUGGAUUUGAUCCAAGGCAGAAGAAGGUUUUCUUCACAAUAGACUCUGAUCUGAUGCAUGUAAUCCACUGCCAGACAGAGGAGUUUGGCACACCACUUUUUCCGAUCAUGGCUGCAAAUAUAGACAUUAUGGUGUUAGUUAAUUUUGGACAAAGUGCAUUCAAAUAUGCACCUGCGAAUGCCCAGAGAACACCAAAUCCAUGCUUCAUAGCCCCACUCGUAAAUUCCCCUGCAGCUACCUUGGGCUACGAUGACAGCAAGGAGCUAUUCUCAAUGGGAAGGAUCGAUUCUCAAUGGCUCAAUCGCUCCACAACCAAAGGAAGCCACAAUAAUAAUAAUAACCAUAACCAUAAUCGAACAUUGGAUUUUGACGAGGAGUCUGAGGCUGAUCUGUUUGAAAUCGUCAUAGAUGGUUCUGGAAAAUAUCCGAACACGACAUCAUAGAUUACAGCAAAGAGUGCACAUUGGUAACAUCAUCGUUCCUUGCUGAUCCAAAUGGAACAUGGCUUUGCUGCACAUGCAUUGUGUAGAAGAAUGUUUGAUGUACCACAUCUGAAUGGGAUCUUCGGCAUGGGUUAGUUCUAUACAAAUAUAGAGAACACACAAAGAGAUAUUGAUACACAUGAAACAGUACUUUAUCUAUCAUCAGCAACGGUGGAGGCUUAACAUUGACUAACUAGUCAGAUACAGUUUCUUUCGUUUU